AAGGAAACAGCUUCAAAAGAUGUUCAGAUUUGUUGCCAGAAGAACACUCUUCACCUCCUCCAUUCUUCGAAACAGUACAGCACAAGCUACUACUGCUACUACUGCUAGUAAUGCCGCUAAGGAAACAGCUGCUAGCACUGUCACUGUGAAGUCUUCGUGCAAAGCCGGUACUUCACUCAAUUUGAAGGUGAAGAAGUCUGGGGAAGAUCCAGUUGCAUUAGAGGACAGUGAGUACCCUGAAUGGUUGUGGACUGUGCUAGAUCCAAAGGCUCAACAGGCAAAGCUGGACAGUGACCCUGCAAAAAAGGCUAAGAAAGAGAUGAGACUCAGAAAUAAGAAGAAGAUAAAAAUGAACAACUUUAUUGCUCAGAUGUGAAUUGCAAACUUAUGAGAUGAACCAAACCUGUACAUAGCUCAAUAUAACAAAGAAAUAGCUCAAUAUUUUAUCUGUCUUGUC